CUGGUUCCUGGUCUCAGGCUCUGGUAACCUGGGACCAUGGACAUUGAAGUAUAUUUUGAAAGAAUUGGCUAUAAGAACUCUAGGAACAAAUUGGACUUGGAAACAUUAACUGACAUUCUUCAGCACCAGAUCCGAGCUAUCCCCUUUGAGAACCUUAAUAUUCACUGUGGAGAACCUAUGGAGUUGGACUUAGAGACCAUUUUUGACCAAGUUGUGAGGAGGAAGCGGGGUGGGUGGUGCCUCCAGGUCAAUCAUCUUCUAUACUGGGCUCUGACCACRAUGGGUUUUCAGACCACUAUGUUGGGAGGAUACGUUUACAACACUCCGGCCAACAAAUACAGCAGUGGUAUGAUUCACCUUCUACUACAAGUGACCAUCAGUGGCAAGAACUAUAUUGCCGAUGCUGGGUUUGGACGCUCCUACCAGAUAUGGCAGCCUCUGGAAUUAAUUUCUGGGAAGGAUCAGCCUCAGGUGCCAUGCAUCUUCCGCUUGACAGAGGAGGAAGGCAUCUGGUACCUGGACCAAAUCAGAAGAGAGCAGCACAUUCCAAACCAAGAAUUUCUCAAUUCCGACCUCCUAGAGAUGAAUAAAUACCGAAAAAUCUACUCCUUUACUCUUCUACCUCGAACAAUUGAAGAUUUUGAGUCUGUGAAUACAUUCCUUCAGACAUCCCCAGCCUCUGUGUUUACAAGCAAAUCAUUUUGUUCCUUGCAGACCCCAGAAGGGGUUCACUGUUUAGUGGGCUUCACCCUCACCUAUAGGAGAUUCAACUAUAAGGACGGUGUCGACCUGRUAGAGUUUAAGACUCUGAAAGAGGAAGAAGUGGRAGAAGUAUUGAAAACUAUAUUUCAUAUUUCUCUAGAGAGAAAACUAGUGCCCAAACAUGGUGAUCGAUAUUUUACUAUUUAG